AUGAUCGAGCAGCCGUAUGGUGCACCCAAAAUCACAAAGGAUGGUGUGACGGUUGCAAAGGCACUUGAAUUCAAAGACAAAUGCCAAAAUGUGGGAGCCAGUCUUGUCCAGCAGGUGGCAUCAGCGACCAAUGAUAUUGCUGGAGAUGGUACUACCACAGCCACAGCCCUGGCAAGGGCUAUAUUGAAGGAGGGAAUCUUGUCAGUGGCAGCAGGUAUGAACCCCAUGGAUCUGUGGAGGGGCGUCCAGGCAGGGGUUGACCAUGUGGUGAAACUGCUGGCCAAGCAGGCCAAAAUGAUAAGCACUGCAGAGGAAAUAGCACAGGUUGCUACCAUAUCAGCAAACGGAGAGAAGGAAAUUGGCGACCUGAUGUCCAGGGCCAUGGAAAGAGUUGGGAGGGAUGGUGUCAUCACUGUGACGGAUGGUAAGACACUUGAGAAUGAACUGGAGGUUGUUGAAGGAAUGAAAGUCGACCGGGGCUACAUAUCACCGUACUUCGUCACUGACCAGAAGAACAUGAAAUGCGACUUUGAGGAAAGCUAUAUCCUCAUUGUGGAGAAAAAGAUAUCAGGGUUGUGA